UUGCGUCAUUACGCACUUCCUGUUCUCUACGAGGUCCCCCCACUUCUCUUCACCGUCGCGCUGUGAAGUGGAUGUUUUGGUGAAAAAAUACGGUGUCUAAUAGGGACGUAAACACACUUAAAACAUGACAUUUCGACCGAGUGGGACAUAAAGCGGUGUUGCGGGAUAAAGAGGGGCGUCUGCGGCGAAGGUUUCGGUUUAUCUGUGCAUCGUAUUCUUCCGCAUGUCCGCUUUCUUCGUAGAUGGUCUCCGGCGAGCGUUGUCUGGCGGCGGACGACGAGUUAGUGAAGAAUAAUAUGAAGGAGAUGAUCGGCGGUUGCUGUGUUUGCUCUGACGAGAGGGGCUGGGCGGAAAACCCGCUGGUGUACUGCGACGGACACGGCUGCAACGUCGCCGUGCAUCAAGCCUGCUAUGGCAUCGUGCAGGUGCCCACUGGUCCAUGGUUCUGCAGAAAGUGUGAAUCUCAGGAGAGAGCAGCCCGAGUGAGAUGUGAACUGUGUCCCCACAAAGACGGAGCCCUCAAGAGGACAGACAACGGAGGCUGGGCCCAUGUGGUUUGUGCCCUCUACAUACCGGAAGUGGAAUUUGCCAACGUGUCAACAAUGGAGCCUAUAGUACUUCAGUCGGUGCCACAUGAGCGCUACAACAAGACAUGUUAUAUCUGUGAGGACCAGGGCAGAGAGAGUAAAGCAGCCUCUGGAGCCUGUAUGACCUGCAACAAACAUGGCUGCAGGCAGGCCUUCCAUGUCACGUGUGCCCAGUUUGCGGGAUUGUUAUGUGAGGAACAAGGAUCGGACGCAGACAACGUCAAGUACUGUGGAUAUUGCAAAUACCACCACAGCAAAUUGCGAAGGCGCAGGGGCCGUGGUAGUAGGUCUCAAAGCUUAAGUGACUCUUCCACUCAGUGUAUGGAUAGACCCCCAGACGAGGACAAGAAGAAACACAAGGAGCGGGACAGGCACAAACCGAAACACAAGAAGACCAUGGACAUGUCGCCCUCCCUCGUCCUUCCAAACAUCAUGGUCCCAGACAAGGCCUACAACAGCAGCAGCUCAGUGGGAGGUGUCGCCUCUCUGCCGGCGCCCUCACAGAAGCGGCUGGAUGACGGCACGGCCCGUUUCACCACCGCCAACUUUCAAGAGGUGUCGUCCGCUCUGUCCGGCGGCGGUUCCAAAGACGGCUUGGCUGCAGACGCCGGGAAGGCGGCGUCUGAGGUGAAGAACAAGAAGAACAGCGGUGGAAGUCACGCAGCGGGGCAGAGGGGCGGCCGCAAGUCUCUCACCUCCUCAGGGAAACCCCUCCCCUCCGCCGUGGUCACCAUGGCAACCUCCUCCACAUCUGCAUCUGCUUCUACCGGGCCUUUCCACCAAGGUCUCCUGUUGACCAGUGCCAGCAAGACGGCCUCCGCUCCUUCCUCCUCAGACUUUCUAAGUUUCUCAGAUUCAUCGUUGCGCCCUGGAGGCGGGACCACCUUCUCCUCUCCUCCAUCUUUCAGCAGCUGCCUUGUGAAGCCGAGCUCAGAGGGCGGAGCUUCAGAGGGAACUACAUCUCUCUUCGGUUCUCUGAUGUCCGCCACUACGGCGUCUGCAGUGGGCGGGAAGCUGUAUGAGAAUUCCCACAGUCACACAACGAGCGAGACGACAAGCCUCGGUGGGUCCGCUGCCUACAAACGGCCCCAACCCUCCAGCUCAGGGCCAGGGAUCGGAGGAGCAGCCGUAGGAGGAGGGGAAGAUGGGGUGAAGAAGAAAAAGAAGGGCAACUGGCGAAACCGAUUUGGACCUUGCUUCACCACGGAUGUAAAGCCUUCAGAGCCAGCUCCCUCCCUGACUCUCCCCACCUCCUCCACGGCCAACACCGCCUCGUCCACCGCCUCCCCUUCUUCCUCUUCAUCCUCGACGCUCUCAGGCCGGCCAGGCUUAGUUUCCAGCAGUGGAUUAGGAGUGGGAGGAGUAGGAGAAAGGGGGCUGGGGGUCAUGGGUGUCAGCGGUGGAAUUCAGAAGUCCCCGUCGCUCCUCAGGAAUGGGAGUCUGCAAAGCAGCAGCAGCUCCAUAACCACUGGGCCAGGUGUUUUCUCUGGUGCUGAUGGCUCAUCGUCGGGGACAGGAGCUGUCGCUGUGGGCGGAGCCAUCUCAGAGUUGUCACAACAACAGCAGCCCACGCCUUCACUAGCCCCUCCCUCUCCCUUCACUGCCACCGCACCGCUAACCAGCACAGCCUCCACACAUGUGAGCGGCCUGCCAGGUUCAGUCUUCAACCUCGCUCCUCCCCACAUGUUUGGCAACAGGCUGAACCCCAACUCGGCCAUGGCGGCACUCAUCGCCCAAUCCGAGGCCUCACCAGCAGAUCAGGAGGUGGGAGACGGCAGCAGCGGCGUCGGAGCUCAGGGCUUCUCCAUAAGAGCUUCUCCCAAGACCACCCCGCGCUCUCCCAUUGGUGGCCUGCAGAUCCGCUAUGACUCCUCGGGGUCGUUGCCGGGGCCGGGGCCAGGGUUGCUAGGGGUGGGAGGAGGCGGAGCGGAGACUGUGCCCCCAGUGGCCACCAGCAUAGAGCAACUCCUGGAGAGGCAGUGGAACGAAGGGCAGAGCUUCCUGCUGCAGCAGGGAGCGCAGGGAGACGUGGUGGCCAUGUUGAAGUCCCUCCACCAGCUGCAGGAGGAGAACAGGAAGCUGGAGGAGCAGAUUAAAACUCUUACUAUGAAGAAAGAGAGACUGCAGCUUCUCAGCGCUCAGCUAUCAGUGCCUUUCACCCCCACCACAGCCGCCUCUGAUGUGAAAGGAGCCACUGACUCAUCUUUACCUGUGGCAGCUCAGGACAGCGCGUCGUGUGGUGGCCACAGCAGUAGCGGCUCCACUUCAUCUCUCUCCACCCCUCCCUCUGGGUGCAGGGAGUGCACUGGGCAUGGGGGGAAUUGUCGGAACACUCAACGGGGUGAUCCAGACGCCGGCAGGCACCGCCAGCCCUCACACUACAGGAGCAGCUACGGGCGUCACGUUGCCUGUUAAUAAUAGGUACGUGUGACGGCUGCUUUGAUCAUCCAGACACUCAGAUUAAAGAAACAUAAGGAGUCAAGCAAAACUGAAUGCAGGUGGUGUCACCUCACCCACCACAGCAAACCAGUUUACCGUCAGUGGAUUGAAGGUCUCCAAAUGCAUUCCAGUGGCCUUCCUUUGACUUUGGAGAUUUCAGCCACUCUGUCCCUUCAGCUCAUCUUGAAGUAUUGAAAAUACCAGAAUGAUUCCUAAUGUUAUGUAAGGGAACAACCUCGCCUCUUUGUUUCCCAAGAUGUCUGAAUGUGAACUUUAUUGCGCCCUCUCCGCUUUUGUUUCCCUUUGCUUGCAUGUUGGAUUGUAGCAGCUCAGCAACUAGCAAGAACAGGUGAGACAGAAGUCAGUUCAGCUGCAGCUCUGUUUACUUCAUGUCCCUAAAGUCUGUCAAAAGACACUGUAAGAUGUAUUCCUGCGUGUUUAGUGUGUGUGUGUGGUUAUGUAAAUCCAUAUCCCCUUUUAGCAAUAUCACAUUUUCUAGCUUUUUGGCAACUGAAGUAAAUUCUUCAGGGCCAAUACUCUAGUUGUCAUGUUUGUUUUAUGUAUGUCGCAUAUUGCUGCAGUCAGCAGUUCCUGGUGGGCCCCUCUGUGUAAAUAUUAAAAUCGAAAUUGUGCAUUAAAAUAUCUCAUGCUAAGAGCCGAUAGCGUGAGGACACCGUGUUUGUUGUGUUUGUCUUAGCGAGUUGUGUUUUUGUCUUGUCAGCGCCGCGCGGCUCGGCCUGCUGUCUGAGCAGCACAGACUCCUCCUGCAGCAGCAUCAGCUCCAACAGCUGCUGUCCUCACAGCCC